AUGCUUUCGCCCUUUGCUGCUUCGCAAUUGUCAUCACGAUGUGGAGCCAGCCGGCACCAGCUAAAAGAGUGCACCUUGGCCAUCGGGGCGUGCAGACGAUCAAGUUGGCCCCAAGUGCUCCACCUGCUCAGAGAGGCGUCCUGCCAAGCCGUAGCAUUGGAUGCCAUGGUUUUCACGUCAGCCAUCAGUGCUUGCACCAGGGGCACGUCGUGGCGAUGUGCGAUACAGUUGGUUAAAGAGCUCAAGCACGUUGGGCUGCAGGCGGACGUUUUUGUCUACGGGUCUGCUCUGGGUGCAUGUGCGAUAGAAGGGGAUUGGUCUCGAGCUACAGAGCUCCUACACGAGCUUCGAUGUGACUGGCUUUCACCCAACACUCGCAUUCUAAAUGCAGCUGUUGCUGUGCACAGCGAUGGGAAGUGGGAUCGAGCACAGCUUCUGUUGGAAGCUGCUUUGAGAUCUCGGGUGCAGACGGAUGAGAUUACAUACAAUUCUGCAGCCAGCUCAUGUCAAGACCCUGGAAUUUGGCAAAUGGGGAGAAAAAUUCUUGACGAGCUUGCGAGAAGGCACUUCAAGCCUAGCAUCAUCACAUAUAGCUCCGUUAUUGCUGCUUGUAAAGAUGAGAACUGGUUGGAAGCCCACCUGACCCUGGAGCAUUUGAGGUGCAAUAGCGUGCAAGCAGAUGUGGUUGCUUACAACUCACUGUUAAGUAAUUGCGAACCUUUCGGUUGGCAUAGGUCUCAGGCACUUCUCGACGUGUUCGACAGAGAGCGGUUCAGCGCUAGUACUGUUACCCUCAACACAGUGAUCAACACCUUCGGAAAGGCAGGAGACUGGCCCAGGGCAUGGCUGCUUCUGGAUAGGUUUCAGAGGCUCCGGGUCCAGCCAGAUAUCACGUCCUACAAUGCAGCACUGAAUGCCUGCGAGAAACAUGGAGAGUGGCAGAGGGCACGAGCUCUUCUGCAUGGACUUCAGGAGCAGCUCGUAAAACCCGACGUAAUUACCUACAGUUCUGUCAUGAGCGUCUGUGAGAAACAAGGCGAGUGGCAGCAGGCAGAGCUCCUUCUAAGAGAGCUUCUGGAACAGACACUGGAGGCAGACAUUAUUGCUUAUAGUGCAGCUAUAAGUGCUUGUGAACGGCAAGGCCAGGUGCAGAACGCCUGCAUCCUCUUGCGGGAGCUGCAUGCAUGCCGCCUCGAGUCAGAUGCAGCAGCUUACAAUGCCGCAAUCAGCGCUUGUGAAAAAAACGGGGAUUGGCGCCAGGCUUGGGACUUUCUGUACGAGCUACGUCGCUCGCAGAUUCAGGCCACCGCAGUUUCCAUCACUUCGUUGAUCAGUGCCUGCGAGAAGGCCCAAAGAUGGCACCACGCUCAGCUUUUCUUCACCGAGCUUAGGCGACAAGAGCUGGAGGCAAGUCUGAUCAGCUACAAUGCAGUGGUCAGUGCUCUUGCACAGUCCAGUGGUGCUAGAACGUGGGCAUAUGUGCUACGGACUGUCGAAGCUAUGCAACUGCAAGAGGUGCAUUCCGACAUAUUGACCUUCGCGUUUGCAUGUAAUUCAUACGACCACUCCCGCCAACUUUUCCACACUGUAAAGAGCCUUCACUCUAUCAACCUCACCGUCGAAGAUGCGCUGCGCAUGAAAGCGCAGGCUCAGGGAACGUGA